AUGUCAGUGUCCACUGCCUCAACUGCCCCCACAACAAACUCCACGAAGCGUUACGUGCCCUUUCUGUACAGUGUCCACUGCCCCCACAACAAACUCCACGAAGCGUUACGUGCCCUUUCUGUACAGUGUCCACUGCCCCCACAACAAACUCCACGAAGCGUUACGUGCCCUUUCUGUACAGUGUCCACUGCCUCCACAACAAACUCCACGAAGCGUUACGUGCCCUAUCUGUACAGUGUCCACUGCCUCCACAACAAACUCCACGAAGCGUUACGUGCCCUUUCUGUACAGUGUCCACUGCCCCCACAACAAACUCCACGAAGCGUUACGUGCCCUUUCUGUACAGUGUCCACUGCCCCCACAACAAACUCCACGAAGCGUUACGUGCCCUAUCUGUACAGUGUCCACUGCCCCCACAACAAACUCCACGAAGCGUUACGUGCCCUAUCUGUACAGUGUCCUCUGCCCCCACAACAAACUCCACGAAGCGUUACGUGCCCUAUCUGUACAGUGUCCACUGCCCCCACAACAAACUCCACGAAGCGUUACGUGCCCUAUCUGUACAGUGUCCACUGCCUCCACAACAAACUCCACGUAGCGUUACGUGCCCUUUCUGUACAGUGUCCACUGCCUCCACAACAAACUCUACGAAGCGUUACGUGCCCAUUUUGUACAGUGUCCACUGCCUCCACAACAAACUCCAAGAAGCGUUACGUGCCCAUUCUUGUCCUCUGCCUCCACAACAAACUCCACGUAGCGUUACGUGCCCUUUCUGUACAGUGUCCACUGCCUCCACAACAAACUCCACGAAGCGUUACGUGCCCUUUCUGUACAGUGUCCACUGCCUCCACAACAAACUCCACGAAGCGUUACGUGCCCUAUCUGUACAGUGUCCACUGCCUCCACAACAAACUCCACGAAGCGUUACGUGCCCUUUCUGUACAGUGUCCACUGCCCCCACAACAAACUCCACUGUCCACUGCCUUCACAACAAACUCCACGAAGCGUUACGUGCCCUUUCUGUACAGUGUCCACUGCCUUCACAACAAACUCCACGUAGCGUUACUUGCCCUAUCUGUACAGUGUCCACUGCCUCCACAACAAACUCCACGAAGCGUUACUUGCCCUUUCUGUACAGUGUCCACUGCCUCCACAACAAACUCCACGAAGCGUUACGUGCCCUUUCUGUACAGUGUCCACUGCCUCCACAACAAACUCCACGAAGCGUUACUUGCCCUUUCUGUACAGUGUCCACUGCCUCCACAACAAACUCCACGAAGCGUUACGUGCCCUUUCUGUACAGUGUCCACUGCCUCCACAACAAACUCCACGAAGCGUUACGUGCCCUUUCUGUACAGUGUCCACUGCCUCCACAACAAACUCCACGUAGCGUUACUUGCCCUUUCUGUACAGUGUCCUCUGUCCCCACAACAAACUCCACGUAGCGUUACGUGCCCUAUCUGUACAGUGUCCACUGCCUCCACAAAAAAACUCCACGUAGCGUUACUUGCCCUUUCUGUACAGUGUCCACUGCCUCCACAACAAACUCCACGUAGCGUUACUUGCCCUUUCUGUACAGUGUCCACUGCCUCCACAAAAAAACUCCACGUAGCGUUACUUGCCCUUUCUGUACAGUGUCCACUGCCUCCACAACAAACUCCACGUAGCGUUACGUGCCCUAUCUGUACAGUGUCCACUGCCUCCACAAAAAAACUCCACGUAGCGUUACUUGCCCUUUCUGUACAGUGUUCUCUGCCCCCACAACAAACUCCACGUAGCGUUACGUGCCCUAUCUGUACAGUGUCCACUGCCUCCACAAAAAAACUCCACGUAGCGUUACUUGCCCUUUCUGUACAGUGUCCACUGCCUCCACAACAAACUCCACUGUCCACUGCCUCCACAACAAACUCCACGAAGCGUUACUUGCCCUUUCUCUACAGUGUCCACUGCCUCCGCAACAAACUCCACGAAGCGUUACGUGCCCUUUCUGUACAGUGUCCACUGCCUUCACAACAAACUCCACGUAGCGUUAGUUGCCCUUUUUGUACAGUGUCCUCUGCCUCCACAACAAACUCCACGAAGCGUUACGUGCCCUAUCUGUACAGUGUCCUCUGCCCCCACAACAAACUCCACGAGGCGUUACGUGCCCUAUCUGUACAGUGUCCUCUGCCCCCACAACAAACUCCACGAAGCGUUACGUGCCCUAUCUGUACAGUGUCCACUGCCUCCACAAAAACUCCACGUAGCGUUACGUGCCCUUUCUGUACAGUGUCCACUGCCUUCACAACAAACUCCACGUAG